UUCUCGGUAAUGGAAACGUCAAGAAUUGCGUGAACCGUGCAAAGCAGCCACAAACUGGUGUUUCGUGUUGAAAAUUUCCCGAGAUUUUUUAUGAAAUUUUAUAACAGGAACGCUAAUUACGCGUAUUUUUAGGAUCCGUUAUCGACAAUUCACCUAGAAUAUACAAAUUUUCCUGCGAGGAUCGGGUUUUAAGUGGGAUAAACAAUGAUAAAUCUGAAAGUGAAAACGCUAGAUUCACAAAAUCAUGACUUCUGCGUUGAAGAUGAUAUCACCGUUCGCCAGUUUAAGGAACACAUUGCCGAAAAAAUCAAUGUAGCCGUAGACAUGCAACGGCUCAUCUACUGCGGCAGGGUGCUGAGUGAUGAAAAGCCGCUCAAGGACUACGACGUCAAUGGGAAGGUAGUCCAUUUGGUGCAAAGGGCGCCUCCCUCAGCUCGGGGAAACAACAGUACCAGCGGAGGAAGUUCCAACCUAGACGACAGUGCUGCCGCUCGGAGCUCAGCAGCCAGGCGAUCCCGCAGCAGUGAUAAUGCAUCCAAUAGAACCCAACUUUUCCGGGGUUUGGAAGACCUCAACACGAUGUACUUCGGGUCAAUGACUUCAAUACCCUUGAACGUUAAUCCGUCGGUAAGAGAAACACCACCACAAAUACCAUCUGUUAGCCCUUCUUCGACAUUGUGUAUGAAUCGGAUAACCGUGGCCCGUCACAUGCUACAGUGUGCUGAUAACAUCAUCAGCUAUCUGGAAUCACCAGAGCGUGGCUUGAACAAUACGGCACUAGACAUCCUCUCCCAGCAAACGAUGGAAUCAACUGUAUUCGAAGUGGGCAUCAGUGCUGUUGGCGACGUGGACAUACCGCACAAUCAGAUGCAGAAUUUUGUUCAAGCAUUUCAGGGUGCAGUAUCGGCUGCCUUCCGUCAGAAUGGAAUUUCGAACGUAACCGUUCAGCAGCAAGAUCCGUUGAACCAUUCGGUUCAGGUGUUUGGAACUAUCCCGGACUCGGCGAUCAUUACACCGCCAAACACGAGUGCCACGGCUACUCCAGCUCAAGAAAGUUCCGGGGCCUCUUCGGGAAGUUCUUCCACUUCGUCUAGCACUUCGGAAUCGAGUGCUGAUUCCAGACGACAGGCUGGAUCUGGAUCUACGCGUAAUCAAACCACCAGUACCCAAACUCUGGCUGAAGUAGUUCAACAAAUGCGAACAGUCCAGCGAAGAUUGGAACCAUACUUGCAGCAGUACUACGAUAUUCUACAGAAUGAUCCAACCUAUGAGGAUGGGGAUACCGCAACCCGCGAAAAUUCACAACGUGUUUUUGAUCGUGUGUCAGAAACCCUGCACUACAUGGCGCAUGCUCAGCACGCCAUCAGCGAUCUUAUGUUGGAUCUUCAGACUGCAUCGCCUCGUCACUUGUGCUGUAGGCCCAUUUUGGUCGAACAGUCUGCUUUCGUUAGCUCUGGAAUCGCUGCUGUCCCGAACAACAUCAACUUGGCCAAUUUAUUGAGAGCUACCAAUAAUAACAACAACUCGGAUAUGGGAAAUAAUAAUAUAAACGCUCAGAUUAUUAAUCUGACAAUUCCGGUUCCGGUUCCCGAUAAUGGACCAAUUCGUCCAUCAAACGAUUCGACAACACCAGUUUCGAAUCCGCCAACUGCGCCACCUACAACAGGAACGAACACCACUUCUGGAACAACCAAUACCAGUACGAACCAACAACAACAGCAGCAGCAACAACAACAACAGCAAGGUCAGUCAAUUAGAACCGUACUUGACAAUCUACCCGAUAAUGUCGUUACCAGUGUUUAUGUUCCUUUAUACGAUCCCUACAACGACUUGCGACGUAUUCUGAGCCACGUUUCUGCAGUUCAACCAGGUUCAAUUCCAAGAAAUGCUAGAAAUUCGGGAGCCACAUUGCCCCCAACAUCUACCAACCCUAUCGACCCAAAUAAUUCGACGACCACCGCCUCGCCGACGAGAACGACGACAAACGUGGUUAACUCUCCGACGAAUUCUUCCACUCCCUCCUCCGAAUUUUCGCGGGCCAACAGUGAAACCAAUUCGCUCAGCUCCGGCUCACCGGAGCGCUCGGCAGCCAACUCUAAUAACGCUCAGAUGCAAGUUGCCCGUUUGAUCCAAGCUGUGGUUAAUGCAACACCGAUCCACGCGGAUAUACAUGUGCAGAUCAAUGCCGGUGACAACAAUACAACUGGCAACGUUCCUAACAGCACUGCUCAAUCCACUGCAACGACGGCGCCCACGAACAGCUCUACCACCGGAGGAAGUAACGAAACAUCUGGACCACCAUUACCACCAAGAUUCACAACAGGACCAUCGCAACCACCAAGAUCCACAACCGCAGGACCACCGCUACCACCAAGGUUUACGACGGUCACCCUACCGACUACAUCUACCGAGACAAGAUCCACACCGAGACCGCAUGUGCACAGCAUCCCUGCUCACAUCAGGAACAUGCGCCCGAUACCAGCCAACAUGUUGCCCUCAUUCGAUAGAUUUUUACCCUGCAACAGUCAUCACAUCCGAGAGAACGCCGAGCGUACUCCACAGUUUGGCACACCGAUGAGGACUACGGCAGCUAAUAGCAGCAACAGUAGUGCCGAUGCUACACCAAUGAACAUUGCUAGCCAGAUCAGUGCCCAUGUUUUUCCCACUUCAGGUAUCUCUUCGGAAACGUUGACCACAUUGCCGUUCAGCCUGUUUGGAAGCCAGUUCACACUAGCAGACUUUGAGCAGAUUGUACCCAAUCCGAACACCUUGAAUCGGGUUCGUGAUUCUCUUCAGACAUACGUGGUCGAUACUCUAUUCAGCGGAAGGCAGAUUAACGACGAGACCAUACGAGAUGUCAUUAACCAGUUGAUUCAACAUUUGGAACCGUUCUUAUCGCGCGUGGGUCGAUUCGAUCGAGCUGAUUACGAUACCCGGGCAUCGAUCGAGAACCUUAUUCGAAACUCCAUACCGUUUUGUAUCAAUCUUAUCCGAGAAGAUAACUCUCAACAGUUUGGAGUGCGAUUGUUGCGGUUCCUCAUCACUUUCGUUCGUCGAUUCUUCAUGAUCCUAAUUACCUGUUCAGGAUUGCCCGGGGCUCAAUCCAUAUCGGGUGAGCUUCUGAACAUGGCUAUCUACAGUACCCAGGAUCCGUUGAGCACUCAUGUUGAUCCCGAGAUAAUGCGGCUGUUCAUGCCUGCUAUUCACCGGCAGCUGGAGAGAUCCAGUCAACACGACCAGCAAGAUAUUCAAGAAUUUCUUGUCAUUCGGAGGCCGGCCCCAGGCACCGCUAGCAAUCGGGCCCCUAGCCCAAUGGAAGUUGACGAAUCGGAAUCAACCCCGACUCCUGAGCUUGUGUCUGACAUAGCCGAGAUUUCCAUUUCGAUCGAACCACCUAUAGUCAAUCUGGAUCAAUGUACGGCAAUAGUUAUAUCUGCAGCACCAGUAGGCAAUGCAGCAGCUGCUACUGCAUCCGCUGCGGUGGUAGGAAACAACCAGAGUUCUUCCGCCCCGUCUGCCCCUGAAUCUGUUGCGGACGGGGAUGAUAUCACAAUGGCAAUCCCGAUUGGGACAGCUGCCACCGAAACGCCACCUCCUCUCGAGAAAAAAGAAGACGAGGAAGAACUUCCUCAGGUUCUAGUCGGUUCUGAGCCGUGGCAUUCGCAUCUGCCUUCCACAUGGCUCCCGGUCAUCACAAGAGAUAUUGCUCGGCAAAGACGUCAGAUUCCCCAAGGACCAUUUUCCGAUGCAUAUAUUUCCGGAAUGUCCUCGAAACGUCGCAAGCUGAUUGCGGAAACCAAACCGCCGGCAGACGUGGGUUCACUUAUAUCGGAAGGUGUUAAGAAAUCUUUCCAGAACACUGGUAUCAAUCCAGCCAUCGCAGCCAGUUCCACAAAUCCCUCUUCAACGGGUGCUGCUUCUUCCGUUCCCAACAGUCUGGAUGAGCUGGCCAACACGAUAGGUGAUGACGCUGCGUUGCAAAGUUCGUACUGUGAAGCUAUGAAGGCAAGCAUUCGGGACCGAUUAUCCAAAGAUGCCGACUUCGAAGCGAAACGUUAUCCCAAUUGUUCUAAAUAUUUUGAAAAAUAGUCACAUACUUAAAAAUGCAUCUACGAGGAUCAAUUUCCUCCAGAAUCCUUAACAUUACUUGUUGAGAUAUUAUAGUAUCAUGACACGCUGGAUACACAAAAUUUGUAUUUUCCUAAUAUCACAAGUAUGCAGAAAUCAAAAAGAUAAAAAAAAGCGGGAAAUUCAGGGGAAUUCAUGCAGUCAAUUUGCUACAGAGGUUACGCUACUACCUGCAGCAAAUCAGAACUAAGGUGUUACUAAUCAAUGAUGAACACGCUUUGUUAAUCCCAUGUUUAAAAACAAACUAGUUAAUGUAAUAUAAACAGAUAAAUAUGAGAAUAAAAACAGAUUGACAAAACUGAUAAAAAC